AUGUUUAGAUUAUGUGACUUGGAUGACUGUAAGAUAAGUGGGUUAUGUGACUUGGAUGACUGUAAGAUGGGUGGGUUAUGUGACUUGGAUGACUGUAAGAUGGGUGGGUUAUGUGACUUGGAUGACUGUAAGAUGGGUGGUGGGUUAUGUGAUUUGGAUGACUGUAAGAUGGGUGGGUUAUGUGACUUGGAUGACUGUAAGAUGGGUGGGUUAUGUGACUUGGAUGACUGUAAGAUGGGUGGGUUAUGUGACUUGGAUGACUGUAAGAUGGGUGGGUUAUGUGACUUGGAUGACUGUAAGAUAGGUGGGUUAUGUGAUUUAGAUGACUGUAAGAUGGGUGGGUUAUGUGACUUGGAUGACUGUAAGAUGGGUGGGUUAUGUGACUUGGAUGACUGUAAGAUGGGUGGGUUAUGUGACUUGGAUGACUGUAAGGUAUUAAACAGUGGUUUUACCAUAAUUAUAAGACUUUGUGUCACCUUCUUUUUACUGAAAACAUAG